AUGGCUCGUUAUUCAACUUUUGGUGGCAGUGAUGGUACCGGUGCCGGUGCCGGUGCCGGUACCGGUACCGGUAUUCCUGUCGGCAUAAGCCUUUCGAAUUCAGUCCACUCAGAAGUCGCGUCUUGCUUGCCGCUGCCAUCUCUUCCAGUAUUCUGCGGCGCGCUUGAUCAAGAACUCCGGCUGUUUGAUGAGCAGCAGAGCGCUGGUUCGAGAUCGUGCAACCGAAGGGACGUUGUUAAACACGCUGGCAAGAUUGCUGAGCUGCUUCGCGACUGUGACGUUUCUUAUUUAAAUCUUAGACCUGAUGUGUUUCCUCAACCUUAUGGUAUGGCGGGACAUCACGAACUUUGCAAUGAAGUUUUAAGAUAUAAUUCUGAAGCGUUUAACUGCCUCGCUCCAGGUCCUUCAAAUGAACCAGUUCCCAACGGUAAUUUCGCUGAAUCUAUACCUCCUGAGAUGAAUGUAUCUUUCCCUGACAAGUUCGACGGAGACACUUCUGAAAAUCAGAGUCACCAGCACACUGAUGAAGGAAAUCUUAGCCAUCAGCAUGAUCAUGUCACAGCAAGUGAUGAGACUAAUCAUUCCAGAAAACCUAAGGUCAGGAAGAAAGUAAAAGACAGUCUAUCACCAACUAUGCCUGAUACUAUUCAAUGUCAAGAAGCUGUCAUUCGGAGCUUCUGUGAAGUAUUGGAGGAUGUCUGCAGCAGAUCAGAGAUUCUCAGUGAUGAUCGGGAAGAACCUGAAUGGUUACCAUUGACUUUUGGUGAUCUUAAAGUUGUCGUUAGUGAAAUUAUUUCCAUUCGAGCAAAAAAGUUACUUCAUUUGGUUCCCAUAGACGCUCUUUCAAGGUUGUUGAGGGUUUUAGAUCAUCAGAUUCAUCGAGCAGAGGGUUUGUCUAUUGAUGAAUGUGAUCAUUCAGAUUCUGAAGUGAUGACAUCUAUUUGGGUUGCUUUGGAAUCCAUUCAUGCGGCAUUAGGAGUUAUGGCCAAUGUCGACAUGCCUAAACAAAUUUAUAAAGAAGAGAUCAUUGAAAGGAUUGUGGAGUUCUCUAGGCAUCAGAUCAUGGAUAUUAUGUCAGCUUGUGAUGCAUCAUACCGUGCAUUGCAUAAACAAAAUGAUAAUGGUGCUCUUGAAGAUGAUGAAGAUGAAGAAGAUGAUGAGGAGUUUGGUUCAGCUACCAAAAAAAGGCGCACUACAAGGAAUGUCAAAGUGCGAAAAUCAGCUACCAACAAGGCAUCUGCUGCUGUCAAUGGUAUACUGCAGAAGCUUUGUACCAUUAUUGGGUUUCUUGAGGAUUUAUUAUCAAUUGAGCGACUUUCAGACAGUUGUAUCCUCCAGCUCAUCAGGACUAGUUUUACAACCCUUUUAGUGGACAAUAUCCAUCUCUUGCAGCUCAAAGCUAUCAGUUUGAUUAGCGGGAUAUUUCAUUCCUACGUUCCGCAUCGUGCAUAUGUGAUGGACGAAGCAGUGCAAGUUCUCUUGAAGUUGCCAUUCUCAAAACGUGUGCCAAGGACUUAUCAUCUUCCUGAUGAAGAGCAAAGGCAGAUUCAGAUAAUCACUGCAUUGCUGAUUCAAAUAAUUCACUGCAGUGCUGAUCUACCUGAAGUUUUAAGGCAAUCAACUGGAGUUCCUUCUCUGGAAGUCUUUGUUGAUGCCAACUAUCCUCCUAAAUGUCAUGAGGCUAUCACAGAAUCUUGCUGUCUUUUUUGGAGUCGAAUUCUUCAGCGGCUUACCGGGUCCAAAAAUCAGGAUUCUUCAGAGUUGAAGUUGAUGAUUGAAAAUCUUGUUGUUGAUUUGCUUGCUACUCUAAAUCUCCCUGAGUUUCCUGCUUCUGCUACAAUUUUGGAGGUUCUUUGUGUCCUCCUCCUUCAGAAUGCUGGAUUAAAAUCAAAGGAUAUUGCUGCCCGUUCUAUGGCCAUUGAUCUACUUGGUAUUAUAGCUGCCCGGUUAAAGCGUGAUGCUGUACUUUGCAGGAACGAAAAGUUUUGGAUUGUUCACCAAUUAAUAGAUGCUGAGAAUUUAUAUCCUACCGAUGCAUGUUCUGUUUGUUUGGAUUCAAGGAUAGACAAGCAACAUUAUGCUUGUCAAGGAUGUCAAAGACUAUUUCAUGUUGACUGCCUUGCAGUAGGCGGGGAUGUGGGUUCUAUUCAGAGUUCUUUCUGUCAUAUCUGUAUUUGCACCAAACAGCUUCAUGUGUUAAAAUCAUACAUAGAAGCCCAGGGCAAGGGCGAUGAGAAAAUGAACCGUAAAGUUGAGUCUUCCUGCAGUUCCGAAGUUACAAAUUUAGAGAUUCUUCAACAAAUGCUUCUUAAUUACCUUCAAGAUUCUGGUUCUUCGUACUCAAAUCUUUUUACUCGGUGGUUCUAUCUCUGCCUAUGGUUGAAAGAUGACCCGAAUUCUCAAGAGAAAUUUCUCUAUCAUCUCUCAAGAUUGAAGUCAAAAGCCAUUCUGCGUGAUUCUAGUACUGUUUCACCAUUUUUGCGAAGGGAUGCCGUGAAGAAGAUUACUUUGGCAUUGGGGCAAAAUAGUUCUUUCUCAAGAGGAUUUGAGAAGAUUCUUCAAUUGCUUCUGGCAAGUCUUCGAGAAAACUCUCCUGUGAUUCGUUCAAGGGCACUGCGAGCAGUCAGCAUAAUUGUUGAAGCUGAUCCAGAAGUGUUGGGUGAUAAACUUGUUCAAGCAGCAGUUGAAGGGAGGUUUUGUGAUUCUGCUAUAUCUGUUCGAGAAGCUGCCCUUGAAAUUGUUGGAAAGCAUAUUGCUUCGCAUCCUAAUGUUGGUUUGAAGUAUUUUGAGAAGGUGGCAGAAAGAGUUAAGGACACAGGAGUAAGUGUGAGAAAACGUGCUAUCAAAAUCAUCCGGGACAUGUGCACGUCAAACCCCAAUUUUCCGGAAUUUGCGUCUGCUUGCAUUGAGAUUCUUUCCCGUGUUAAUGAUGAAGAAUCCAGCGUACAGGAUCUUGUAUGCAAGACAUUUUUUGAGUUUUGGUUUGAGGAAACUUCGGGUGCACAGAGUCAUCAUUAUGGAGAUGGAAGCUCUGUUCCGUUAGAAGUGGCCAAGAAAACUGAGCAGAUAGUUGAGAUACUGAGAAAGAUGCGUGGUUAUCAACUUUUGGUAGCUGUCAUUAAGCGUAACAUAGCCCUUGAUUUCUUUCCACAGUCUGCUAAAGCUGCUGGUAUCAACCCUGUCUCCCUUGCUUCGGUGCGUCGUCGAUGUGAGCUUAUGUGUAAGUGCCUGCUGGAGAAAAUAUUACAGGUAACCGAAAUAAAUAAUGAGGAGACAGAUGUCAGCAUGCUCCCGUAUGUCCUGCUCUUGCAUGCCUUCUGUCUGGUUGAUCCUGUGUUAUGUGCACCGUCAUCUGAUCCUUCGCAGUUCGUUGUCACUCUGCAGCCAUAUUUGAAAUCUCAGGCUGAUACUCGAGUUUCUGCCCAGUUACUGGAGAGCAUCAUCUUUAUAAUUGAUUCUGUUUUGCCUUUGCUUCGCAAACUUCCUCCAAGUGUUGUUGAAGAACUCGAACAAGAUUUGAAGCAAAUGAUUGUCCGACAUUCUUUCCUGAGUGUUGUUCAUGCUUGCAUCAAGUGCUUGUGCUCUUUAAAUAAAGUGUCAGGGAAAGGUGCAAACGUGGUUGAGUAUCUUAUUCAGCUAUUCUACAAACGUCUCGAUGGCUUGGGGUUAGAGCACAAGCAGCAAGUAGCACGUUCACUUUUCUGUCUUGGGUUGCUGAUACGAUACGGGUUCCCUUUGCUUAAUGCAACCGGUUCCAGCUACAAAAGUAUAGCUGUUGAGAGUAGCUUGAACUUGUUUAAAAAAUAUCUUCAGGCUGAGGACUUUGUCAUCAAGGCUAGAGCACUGCAGGCCUUAGGCUAUGUAUUGAUAGCUCAGCCUGAGUGCAUGUUAGACAAGGAUGUUGCGAAAAUUCUGGAGGCUACACUCUCUUCCAGUACGGAUGCUCGUCUCAAGAUGCAAUCAUUACAAAAUGUGUACGAGUAUCUUCUUGACUCGGAAGCUCAGCUGGAGGCUGAUAAAUCCAGUGCUGUAGAAGAUAUGACGGAUGGUGGCCAGAGUGUACCGGUAGCUGCAGGCGCAGGUGAUACUAAUAUUUGUGGUGGAAUAGUUCAGUUGUACUGGGAUCUAAUCCUUGGGAGGUGUUUGGAUGUGAAUGAACAAGUACGCCAAUCUGCUUUGAAGAUUGUCGAAGUUGUUCUGCGUCAAGGUCUUGUUCAUCCUAUUACAUGUGUGCCUUAUCUCAUAGCACUUGAAACAGAUCCUCAGGAGGCAAAUUCAAAGCUUGCUAAUCAUUUGCUGAUGAACAUGAAUGAGAAGUACCCAGCUUUCUUUGAAAGCCGUCUUGGAGAUGGUCUUCAAAUGUCAUUUAUGUUCAUGCAAUGCUUAAAUCAAAAUUCUAGAGCUGAUUUGGGCCCAAAGUCUGUAUCUAAACUCUCUAGUAAUGUUAAAGGAAAAUCAGAUAGUGGCUCGUUCGCCAAUGCAAAGCUUGGGGUUUCGCGAAUUUACAAGCUCAUUCGUGGUAAUCGGGUUUCAAGAAACAAGUUUAUGGCCUCAAUUGUGCGGAAAUUUGAUAUGCCAAGCUGGAAUGACUCGGCGAUUCCUUUUCUAAGAUACUGCACGGAAAUUCUGUCAUUACUUCCUUUCACACUACCUGAUGAGCCUCUUUAUCUAAUCUACUCUAUUAAUCGAGUUAUACAAGUUCGAGCUGGGAUACUUGAGGCAAAUAUGAAAGCCUCAUUGAAUCUCUUGCAAGGGAAAGUGAUCGAAAUUAGUCCAAAUGGAGACAUUCAGCCCAAGCCACCAUUAUUGGAUGACAACAAUAAUUGUAGUGAAGCAGCAGAUUUGAAUCAAAGAGCCUUGGAAGACUUAAAUGUGGAAGGAUUACCUAGACAUGCAUCAGUGGAUUCAGAAAUGCCAGACGUCACUGUGGGCAAUUCUGUUUGUACACCUGUAUUUGAUCAGCAAAAGGUUCAGGCAGAUUGCCUUGCUGCCAGUGCCUUGCAACUGCUUUUGAAGCUUAAGAGGCAUCUGAAAAUUGUAUACAGUCUAGAUGACACCCGUUGCCAGGCGUUUUCCCCAAAUGAACCUCCUAAACCAGGAGAGUUUCUCUCCAGGCAGAACAUACCUUUCAACAUUAGUGACAUGAACAUUGAUCAGCCUAGUAACUACGAGGAGUUUCUACAGAGAUACCAGGACUUUAAAAAUGCUUUGAAAGAAGAUACGGUUGAUUAUUCAACUUAUACUGCACAUAUCAAGAAGAAGCGCCCACCUUCAAGAAGAGGUGGAAGGUCAGGUCGUGCAUAUGUUGGAGAUGAUGAGGAUGAUGAAAAUGAUGACGAUUGGGGAAGUGGAAUGAAGAGGGUAAAUAGCAGCGGAAGAAAAGUGUACAACAGUAGAAGUAGACAGCGGUUGUAA